UAUUUAAGGAUUUUCAUGUCUGGGAUCCGUACUGCCAUCCGCCUGUUUUAGAAGAUAGUAAACAAUUAAUAUGGCUGAAGAAGUAUUGUUGUUUGGUGUGUGGGCAAGCCCUUUUAGUAGCAGAGUGGAGUUAGCUUUGAAACUGAAAGGUGUCCAAUACAAAUACCUGGAAGAAGAUCUUAACAACAAGAGCCCUUCGCUUCUGCAAUACAAUCCCAUUCACAAGAAGGUUCCCGUGCUUGUACACAAUGGAAAGCCUAUUGUGGAGUCCCAAGUUAUUCUUGAAUACAUCGAUGAGACCUGGCAAGGCUAUCCCCUUUUGCCCAAAGAUCCUUAUGAGAGAGCCAUUGCACGUUUCUGGGUCAAGUUCAUUGACGACAAGUGCUGGCCGGCUUUACGGAAAGCUUUCAUUGGCGAAGAGAAGGGCUGUGAGAAGGCCGUGGAAGAAGCAUCUGAGGUUCUUAAGUUUCUAGAGAAAGAACUCAAGGAAAAGAGGUUCUUUGGAGGAGAGAGUAUUGGAACGGUAGACAUUGCCGCUAACAUCAUAGGUGGCUGGCUUGGAGCUUGUGAAGAAGCUACGGGGGUAGAGUUUUUUACAAGAGAGAAAUUUCCCAAGCUUAGCAACUGGAUCGACGAGUUUGUGAGCAACAGUAUUAUCAAGGAAAAUCUGCCUCCCAGAGACAAACUUGUUCCCUUUUUGCGAUAUCGCUUUGAGAGCGUCAAUGCUUCCAAAUAGAUAGAGUUCACAGCUGGUGCCACUCACAGUUGGUGGAAAUCUAGUGCAUAAUAAUCUACCACUGUAAUAAAUUGGGCAUCUCGAUGAUCAUAUGUGUUUGCAAUUUCAUUUUGAUUUGUGUGUCGUGAUAUAUAUCAUCAUGUACGCUUGUUUGUGAGCUGCUUGGCUGGUCGGACGAUGUUAGUCUUGUUCAAUUUGUGGAAUUGGCAAAUGCAUCCAACGUGAGGUCCGGUACUCUCUCUCUCUCUCAAAAAGAAGAGAAAAAAAAAAAUCUUGUCUUCCUUUUGUUUUGUAUUUUUUUACUUUUUGGCAUAUUGAAUGCGCAUGAACAAUUGUUUCAUGCAAUUGGGCAAAAUGCCACGAUAGG